AUGGCUCUCUACUUCCUUGCAUCACAACCACGAUUCGCUUGUCGAGGCAUUUUUGACAGUAUUCUCGAAGACAUCGACCGCAUCGAGUCUGCAAUAGUACCAAUGCUGUCAGCUGUCUCGCAGCAACGAGAGGAAUCUGCUGGAAAAUCAGCGAAGGUUACUGAUGACGAUUCCAAGCUAGCCAUUUCUUUGAAUGUCGCAAACUUCAAACCAGAAGAGCUAUCAGUCGAUUUGGAUGGAAGGAUUCUCAAGGUACAAGGCAAACAGGAAAUUAAGGAGGAAAACGGUUACUCUAUGAGAACCUUCGUUCGACAGUGGAUGCUUCCUGAUGACGUUGACGUAGAACAACUCAAAUCCUCUCUGACUGAAGAUGGCCACCUUGCCCUGGAAGCACCGAAAAUCACGAAGAAAUCGUCAACCACAAGAAGCAUUCGGAUAGAAACGGCACCCGCUGCCGUUACUAAUGACGAUUCCAAGCUAGCUAUCUCUUUGAAUGUCGCAAAUUUCGAACCAGAAGAGCUAUGCGUCGAUUUGGAUGGAAGAAUCCUCAACGUGCAAUCCAAACAGGAAAUCGAGGAGGAGAACGGCUACGCUUGA